UAUAUAUUGUCCAUUGUGUUCAGUCAGGCCAGGACAAGAGUUUAGCUACACCACGGCCGCAAGCAAAACCCCACACUGAACUGAAGAGAAGCCAGACAAGAGGGGACACAACACCCGACACUGAAGUGAAGAGAAGCCAGACAAGAGGGGACACAAAACCCCACACUGAAGUGAAGAGAAGCCAGACAAGAGGGGACACAAACCCCCACACUGAACUGAAGAGAAGCCAGACAAGAGGGGACACAAACCCCCACACUGAAGUGAAGAGAAGCCAGACAACAGGGGACACAAACCCCCACACUGAAGUGAAGAGAAGGCCACACCACAGGCUCAGAGAUGGGUGACCCAAUCCAGUUAAAAGAUGAGGGGAAUAAAUGCUUCCAGGCUGGUGAAGUUGACAAGGCCAUUGAAUGUUACACCAACGCCAUGAAGACCUGCAAGGACAAGAAUGUGCUAGCUGUCCUCCACCGGAACAGAUCAGCCUGCUACCUGAAACAGGAGAAUUAUGUGAAGGCUGCUUCAGAUGCUUCCAGAGCCAUCGACGUGGACGCCUCAGACCUCAAAGCCCUGUACCGGAGGUGCCUGGCCCUGGAGAGGCUGGGGAAGCUGGACAUGGCCUUCAAAGACGUGCAGAGAUGUGCCACCAUCGAGCCCAAGAACAAGACCUUCCUGGAGACUCUGAGGAGGCUGGGAGCUGAGAUCCAGCAGAAGCUGAAGACAACAUUUUCCACAGACUCAAGGGUUCAAAGCAUGUUUGAAAUCUUGCUCGAUGACGAGAUGGAUAAAGACAAGAAAGAAAAGGCUGCCAAUAAUCUGAUAGUUCUGGCCCGGGAGGACGCGGGGUCAGAGAGAAUCUUCCAGAACAACGGCGUGCCGCUGCUGCAGCAGCUCAUCGAGACGGGAAAGCCAGCGAUGAUCCUGGCAGCCAUCCGCACCCUGUCUGGAAUGUGCACAGGUCACAGAGCACGGGCCACAGCCAUCAUCCACCUGAUCGGAAUCGAUAAACUGUGCAGCAUCAUGGCCGUGGACAACGAAGAGAUCGCCCUGGCAACCUGCAACCUCUUCCAAUGCACCUACGACUCCCUCUCCGGGAGUGACAAGAGGCUGUACGGAAAAGAGGAGGCACUCGUCCUGGACUCAAGUCGCGACCUGAAGACCAUCCUGCUGGCUCUGCUGGAGAUGAUCAGCAGUAAGAAGGUGUCGGGACACGGGCGGGACCAGGCCCUCAACCUGCUGACCAAGAACGUGCCUAGAAAGGACAAGAGGGAGUCCGACCACUCCAAGACCCUCUUUACCAUCGACCAUGGCCUGAAGAAGAUCCUGAAGGUGUGUGGUCAGGUCCCUGACCUGCCUGACCAGCUGCCUCUGACCGAGAACACCCAGCUCAUCGCCAGUGUGCUGCUCAACAAACUGUACGACGACCUUCGCUGUGACCCCGAGCGAGACAACUACAGGGACAUCUGCGACGAGUACAUCAAGGGGAAGUUUGACCCCAACGACAUGGACAAGAACAUCCACGCUAUCAAUGCGCUGUCGGGGCUGCUGCAGGGGCCCUUCGACGUGGGCAACGCGCUGGCCGGGCACCAGGGCGUUAUGGAAAUGAUGGUGGCUCUGUGCGGCUCCGAGCGGGAGGUGGACCAAAUAGUGGCUGUGGAGGCGCUCAUCCACGCCUCCACCAAGAUGAGCCGCGCCUCCUUCAUCAUCACCAACGGCGUCUCCCUGCUCAAGGACAUCUACAAAAAAACCAAGAACGAAAAAAUCAAGAUCCGAGCGCUGGUGGGCCUGUGUAAACUGGGCUCUGCGGGGGGAGAUGACUACAGCAUGCGGCAGUUUGCAGAGGGCUCCACGGAGAAACUUGCUAAACAGUGCAGAAAGUGGCUGUGCAACCCAAACAUCGACGUGCGGACCAGGAAGUGGGCGGUGGAGGGCCUGGCCUACCUGACCAACGACGCGGAUGUGAAGGACGACUUUGUCGAGGACGAGCCCGCCCUGAGGGCCAUGUUUGAGCUGUCAAAGUCGCCUGACAAGACCAUCCUAUAUGCAGUGGCAUGUACACUGGUCAACUGCACCAACAGCUACGAAAAGAAGGAGAUCAUUCCGGAACUUGUUCAACUGGCAAAGUUUUCCAAGCAGCAUGUUCCUGAACAGCACCCUAAGGACAAGAAGGACUUCAUCCAGAGCAGGGUGAAGCGACUGCUCAAGGCUGGGGUCAUCUCCGCACUCACCUGCAUGGUCAAAGCGGACAACUCCGUCCUCACCGACCAGACCAAGGAGAUGCUUGCUAGGGUGUUUCUAGCCUUGGCAGACGACACUAAGGACAGGGGGACCAUUGUUGCUCAAGGAGGUGGUAAAGCACUCAUUCCUCUGGCACUGGAAGGGACAGAGGCCGGCAAAAUCCGAGCCUCCCACGUCUUGGCCAAAAUCGCCGCCGUUUCCAACCCUGAAAUGGCCUUCCCUGGAGAAAGGAUUUAUGAAGUGGUUCGCCCGCUCGUCAGUUUGCUUCACCCCGACAGAGAUGGUAUACAGAACUACGAGGCUCUCAUGAGCCUCACUAACCUGGCUGGACUGAAUGACAAACUGAGGGUGAAGAUUUUGAAGGAGAAGGCUCUGCCGGAUAUAGAGAACUACAUGUUUGAGGAGCACGACCAGAUCCGACAGGCAGCCACGGAGUGCAUGUGCAACCUGGUGGUGUGCAAAGAGGUUCAGGAGAGGUACAUGGAGGACGGCAACGACAAGCUGAAACUGCUGGUUCUCCUGUGCAGCGAGGACGACGACAAGCUCCAGAGGGCUGCAGCUGGAGCCCUCGCCAUGCUCACCGCCGCCCAGAAGAAGCUCUGCACCAAGAUCACCCUGGUGACAGUCCAGUGGCUGGAGAUCCUGCAAAGGCUGUGUCUCCAUGACAACAUUCAGAUCCAGCACAGGGGCCUGGUCAUUGUGUACAACAUGAUGAACGCUGACCCGGAGCUGGCCAAAAAGUUGAUCGAGAGUGAGAUUCUGGAGAUCCUGACGGUGAUCGGUAAGCAGGAGGACAGCCCGAAGCGGCAGGAGGUCAUAGAUGUCGCCCGCUCCUGUCUGACCACCGCCAUGGACCUUGGUAUCAUCAAGCCAUUCAGCUAAAAUGGAGGCGUCUCUGAAACCAGCAGCCGCCUCACUCCUGGAAUGUACCACAACUCGGCUGCCUAUCAAAUUGAUCCCCCGUGGUUAGACCACAAAGCCCGUUAUCUCCACUGGAAAUUGGCCCGCUUAAAAACAGGAAGUGUAAUGGAUCUGGACUGACUGAAUGUUUUUAUAGGUGAAGUCAAAUAUGGGUCUUUUGCAACUCACAAAUCCAUAAGACAUGCGAUAAGCUCUCAAAUGUAUUUACUUUUAUUUUUUUCCUUUUCUAUCUUAUUUGUUAGGAAGGCCUUUGAAUAGUUGAAAAAAAAUAUGCUAUUGUUCUGUGUGUUGGAUACUAUUUAAAGACAUUUUUGUUUCUCAUUC